AUGAACGUCACAAAGAGUAACUUCCCGGAUGUGGCCGCUGAGAUCGAGCGGUUGCUUCCGACCGCCGAGUUCGUGGCUAUUGAUGAGGAGAUGACGGGCAUCUUCCUACCCGGCCUUCAGGACUUCGUGGGCGAUGCGCCAAGCACCCGCUACUCAAAGAUGAGGCAGGUGGCCUCAAACUACAGUGUCAUACAGUUCGGCGUUGCGCUUUUUGCGAGACAGGGGGAGGCCGACGACAGGUACGUGGCGCGAGCGUACAACUUCUACGUCUUUCCGAGCGCCGGCCCGGUGAACAUGGAAGCCAGUUCUGUCCACUUCAACUCCAAGAACGGCAUGGACUGGAAUGUCUGGAUCCGAGAAGGGAUCCCAUACAUGACUCGAGAGCAAGCGGCCCGGCUCAAGCUCCAGCUCUUCCCCGAGGAGGCUGCGGCCCCCAGCAAACGCAUUCAAUUAACGAGCGAGGCAGACAUUGAGAACACCAGCAAAGCUGUAGCCAGUUUGAAGGACUGGCUGUCUGAUGAUGCACGAGGGGAUGAGAAAGAGUUUGAGAUCAUAACUGCAAAUGGCUACUUGCGUCGGUUCAUGCACGAGACGCUUCGUGACGACUUUCCCGACUUGGUCGUGGAGUCCCGGCCCACGAAAAUCCGUGGGCUGUCUACCAUGGUUGCUCUCCGACUCACCGAAGCUGAAAGGAUGGAGCGGAGUGCAAAGCUCCGUGCAGAGAAGGAGGCGGAGUUCAACAUGAAAGUGGGUGUUCGGCGGGUGUUUGCGGCCUUGGCCAACGCCAAGAAACCCAUCAUUGGCCACGCUUGCUUGUACGACUUGAUGUUUGCCUUCUCCCAUUUUGAGGCAAGCCUGCCGGAAUCUUUCGCAGACUUCAAGCAAGCUGUCUGUGAGCUUUUCCCCACUGUCUAUGAUACGCAGCUGCUGGCCAGGAGCGACCUUUUCAAGCUCAAAACAGGCUCAGGAGAGCCGCAACAGCGCUUCAAGAGCUUUGCACUUGGAGAGGUGCACCGGGUCCUCCAGGAGGAAGCCGCUGCUACAAAAGCAGAAGGGAACGAGGUGGUGGAGGUCGCCUUGGCCGAGGGGCAUGAGAGGUAUGCAACGGCCGCUGCCUACCACGAAGCGGGCUUUGAUGCUUACAUAACGGGAUGUGCUUUUGCAUACAUGGCCAGGCACCUCCUGGCCAACCAAGGCGACAUGCGCUUCAAUGGCCGCCUUGUCCUGUUCCGAAACUUUUUCAACGUCAAUCUGCACGGGGAGGAUGAGCUCAUCAUCGACGGGGUCUACCUGCACACUCGUGGGCUGACUGGUCGAAACGCCAUGGAGUUCACCACUGUUCUUCAGAGCAUUCUUAAGAAUGUCAGGACAAAGCGGGGGGGCUCCGAGAUGGAUACCUCAGACGGCAAAGCCCAGGAGGAUUCCUUCCAGAUCCGAUGGAUUGACGACGACUCCGCCUUUGCCAUUUUCCCUCCCGGUGCGGAGGAAGUGGUGGCAGGUGUAUGCCAAGAAGCGCAGGCGGCAGGUGGUCAUGUGGAUGGCUUGUCCUUCCUUCCAGGGGCGGAUUGGCUACAGUCCCAGACGACCGAUCCGGCAGAACCCUCGAAGAAGAAGGCCCGGACCAGUGAGUGA